AUUUCACAUUGAGUUGCUUUUCUUUGCCUUAGCUAAUGAAAUCAGUUCAGGUGCUGCACUGUUCAGAGAACAUUUAUUUGUGUGUUUACCACACUCCUGCAGUUCCUGUUUUAUGGUUAGAGUUUUACCCCCGGUGCUCACCCGUGGUUAUUCCCUUCCCUUUGUGUUCCAUAUGACCUGGGACAUAGCUGAGCUUUAUGGUCAUUUGAUUGUCCCUGAGGUCCAGUCUCCUUGUCUGGCUGAUGAGCUGAGAUGCUGGACAGAGUCCUGCUGCAGGUUCUGACUCUUCUUCUCCUGAGUCGGGCCUCCAGGGCCUCCUCUCUGGGGCUCACCGUCCAGAUUGCGCCUUUGGACACUGAUGGAGGUAAAACGGUUCGGGCUCAUUUUAGCGUCAUCGCUCCUACUCCCUGUCCCGACUUAUCAUCAGUCUGUGCAGCAGGAGAGGACUGUCAGGCUCACCUCAUGUCAUUACCAUUCAUCUACACCAAACCCAGUCCUCAGUGGUGUGUCCGUCAGUGGCAGAAGACAGUCCCCAGUGACUACAAAGCCCUCCUCGCUUUAGGGCCCAGCACGCAGUUUUUUGUAUCUAUAAAUGCAGUACCAAAGACCCGGGCUAAUAAUGGGAAACUCAACCAACCUGCCUAUGUGGCUCUGCCUCCUCCACUAAGGGCCCGUCAGAACUGUCCUGUUGACUUCAGUCUGUCAGUGAAAGACCUGGACGGGGACAGGGUGCGAUGCCGCUUUGCCCGCGCAGACAGGGGAGAAUGUCAGAACGGUACUCAGCAUGCUUUCAUAAAACUGGAUGAGGAGAAUUGCGUUCUAUCAUACACGGGAAACGCGGUUCCGGGACAGUAUUUUAUCUUCCUGAUGGCAGAAGACCUGAUCCCUGUACCCACCAUAAGCCGGGUUCAAGACAUCUCUCCCCUCAGCUCUGUCCCCGUGCACCUCUCUCUCAGUGUGGAAGAGUGGACGUCUAGCUGCAGUAACGAACCACCGGCAACACGAGGAACCCCUGAGAAGAACGCUGUGCUGUAUGCCUUGCCGUACCAGGAGGUGAAAUUCAGUACAACCUAUAAUUCAGACCUGGAGAGUGUUUUGGAGAUAGCAGUGGUCGGCCCGCCAGACCUGUACAGGGUCAACUUUGCAUCAGUCGGCCACUCAGCGACGUUGACCAUGGCCUGGAUCCGCUCCGAAAACAACCUGACACGACUAUUGCCCAUCUGUUUUGUUGCAAACACCAACAGUUUGCAGUCGGAGCUGCGGUGUGUGUGGCUGUUCCAGAAGAGAAUGAAGACUCUUCCUGCUGGAACAGAGCUGACAUGUGGGGAGACGGAGAUGGUGCUGGUGCUCCCGGUGGCCUCCCUUACUGAAAUCAGCCUGCCUGAACUGCAGCUCAACAGCCCCACCUGUUCCGUCACCUACAACAGCACAUACCUGACGGCACACAUCUCCUUCGGCAGCUGUGGCACAAGGGCUGUGCACUCUGGUUCGGAGCUGGUUUACACCAACACUCUGAAGAGUGUGCGUCCCUACACCAUGAUCAGCCGCAGACCUUCCCUCAUCCUCCCCAUGGCUUGUCGAAUCCGAGCGGUCCAGGUUAAGGGACCACACUUAGCCAUUAGCAUACCAACAGAGAGAGAGACCUUUGGCGACAUCCGUUUUUGGAUAGAAUUUCACCUCCCGGGGCAGGGGCCCCUGGCCAGAUUCACAUCCACGCCCCAGUUUCGCUCCAACUUUCUGCCACUGGGAAGAGCCCGUCGGCAGGUGGUUGUAGGAACAGGCAGCAACACCACCACUGACAUCACGAUUGGAGACAAGCUCAAACAGCUGGACCUCUACGUGGUGUCCAACUGCAGCGUUGAUCGAGCUGAGUUGGUAGUGAGCAGUUGUAUAGAGUCUGAGACGGAGGACUUUGCUAACAGCCAACCUAUCUUGAGACAAGGGUGUAUAGUUUCCAAUGACACGUUAGAGGUGAUCACAACAACCACAACGUCCAAGGUUUUUCGUCUUUUUAUUGACAAAAUGGUCAACUCUGGAUCAACGAUGUAUGUUGAAUGUGUGGUUAACCUGUGCAUUACCACCAUGCCUUCUGACAAGUGCCCUGACCUGUGUACCGGCACCAGCAGUUCCUCCCUCCCUCUGGUUGAAAGUGUGUUUACCAGAACAUACACUGUCCGCUCUGGACCCGUCAGCCUCCUCGCCAACCCUCCUGCUCAAACCACAGAGAACUUCACAACACUAAACAAUAAUGCAGAGACGACCACUCCUACACCCACAACUAGCAAAGUUACCACCCCAGCUUCUUCAUCAACUAGUUCUCCAACAUCUAACGGUGCAGUUAUUACAUCCACCUCCAGGCCUACUACAUCACAUGGUCCAGGAUUGGCCACAUCUACAACAACAGGCGUAAUUCUGACAACUGUUCUCAUGUUUCUUUGGGUAAACAUAUUUUCCUGAACACGCUGCUGGACAAGGAUCUAUUGUUGCAUUUAAACAUGAAAUAUCCCACUGGUCAUUCCAGAGCUGUUUGGGUUUAGCCAAACUGCUCAAGGACUUUUUGUGUUUCUUAUUAUAACAUCAGAUAAACUGAAAUGCUAUCAAAAAUGGUUUAUCCUCUCUGCAAUGUGAUUUUUUUUUGCUUCACUCCAGAGGCACCUAGAUAGUUGUCAGGUCGAUGGACUUUAUUGCAUCUUUUAUUCAUUUUUCUUCUAAUUCUCAAUACCACCUUAUUGUUUUUAACAAGUGAUAAGAAUAAAAAUGUUUUCUUUGCUCCCA